CCUUUCGAAAAGCAUGCCUGACAUAAGGGAGAGAAGAAAUUGUUAUGAUUUGUAUAAGAUUUUACCAGGUGAAAAAUGAAGUAAUAGGAUAAAAAUUGUUGAAUUUCUAAAGCACAAUGAGCACUGAAACAAAAACCGGGCCCUCGUCCAUACGCCGCAGAAACUACGCCGGCUACACCGAUCAGGACAUCCAGAACGCCAUCACUAUGAUCGUCAAGGAAGAAUUUUCAAUUCGACGCGCGGCCAGGGUAUUCAACAUUCCACGCACAACACUCGCUACCUAUCUUAAGACCGCCACCAGCAACACCAAAAAGAAUAACACGAUGCGCCCGGAGGAGCAAGACUUUUUGAUGCAGUGGAUGACAGACUGCUGCCAGCGGGGAUUCUCGAUCAAAAAACGGAACGUCAUAACGGCUGUCGAACAUGUGAUAAAACAGAGUGGAGAACCCCGACCGCAUCCCUUCAUGCAUCAUAAGCAAUAUCAGAAAUUCCUUAGACGGUGGGUUUCCGUAGACAAGGUAAAGGAACGGAAGCACAUUGGGAUUGUGCCAGAUUGGUUCUCUCACAUAGAAAGUUAUCUGGGAGAGGGGAACUAUCUCGAAAUUCUCAACCACCCUGACCGUAUUUUCCUUUGUGACGAAUUCAAAUUCAAGGAAAGGCUGGACAUUUCAGAAAACAUCGCUUGUGCACUUCGAGAAACGAACAUACUCUACACGGUGACGGCUACCGGAAAUGCUUUGCAACCUCUGAUUGUGUAUCCCUACAAAGGUGAAAUUCCCCAACACAUAAUCAAAGCCGCACCCAAAAAUUGUGCCGUUGUGCCACAACAGCAAGGAAUCAUAACGCCGAAGAUUUUUAACGCUUAUUUGAAAAGAGUUCUCCAUGCAUACAUCGAGCAGAGCAACAUUCCUACCCCGGUCAUUGUAUUUAUCGAUGAAUCAAUGAUUGAUCUCACCGUAGAACUAACCACCGCCUGCAAGAAUCUAGGUAUAGUGCUUCUUGGCUUAACCUGCCAGGUGUUGAAGCCCACGAUCAAUCUGUUCAGCAACCUGGUUGAUGGUUGGACCGAGGAGGUGCGAAACUACUGCCAAAGCACUGGACGGGAGUUUACCAUUGUCGAGUGUGCCGAUAUGAUGCAAAAGGUGAACCAAAAAUGUAUUCAUCAUGUUACCAUCGCGAAAGAUUUCGGCGAAUGUUCACUGUAUCCGUGGAAUAAGUCCGUAGGGACAACUUCUCAUGGACCGAUAAUUUCUAUGGAAUAUAACGAAGACGAUCUGGAGAUCGAAAAAUUUCUAGAGGAUGUCGAUGAGGAUUCUGAUGAUGAAGAUUUCUCCCUAGCGGAGAUACCGGAAGAGGUGGAAGCUAGUCAAACCCCAGAAGAAAAUCAACAUAAGGAAAAGGAGACCUCAGCGAUUCUCCCAAAUGAAACUACUUUGGAUAAUCAAUCUAUUCGUUUAAAAUAUGGAGAUUUCAAAAAUUUGCUGGGAGCGGAUUUGAUGGAACAAUGCAAACUGAAUUAUGCAGGGAAGCACAACGUCAGUUUUUCCAAUAACGCUGAACAAGCGAUCUUCGAAAUUUAUCGAAAAUUCCACAGCGCACACGAUAUGACUGUAGUUGAAGUUGUAGAAAUAGGCGACGAUUAAAAUAGGUCAACUUUUCUUUGGUCAUUGACCAAAUAGUAGAAUGUAGAAAAAUGUGUUUCAUUCCAUUGGUAACAUAAGGAGAUAACCAUGAAUGUUAUAUGUAUUCUAACAAAUAAUAUGAUACAUUCCGUCAGAAUUUUUGCCAAAGCUGUACUUUCGAGUAUCAAAAAACCAUACAAAAUUCAGAAAAGUGUAAUAAAAUAUUAAUUCCAA